AUGAACGGGCUCGUGAAAGUUGUUGUAUUAGGCUCCGUGCUAGCCGCAGGAUUUUUAACGCAAGAGAUUUCCGGUGAGCCCAAUUUAUUUGGACUUGAAAUGGAACCCUCGCAACACGUCAUGCACAUCCGGAAGCUUUCCGAUAGUGAUAAGCUGAGGAUCGAACUGGAACCGGUAUGGUUUCAUCUAGAGUCAUCCGAGCAAAAUCCGCGCAGCGAAAGUCAGCAAGUCAAACGGCAAGCCGACAUGAAACGCCCCUACAAAAUGUAUUCCAACAAGGAGGAGCUAGCACGCCAUCAGCAGAAGAGGAGAGAUUCACGAUCGGAGCAUUCCGAUUUGAACGAUGAGACGAAUUCGUACCUAAAAGACUUCUGGCAUACAGAUCUGCCCAGUAAUUCAGCUUCAAGCGAGACGACGAAAGCAUCAAACUCACUAGAAGAACAGCUUGAAAACGUCAACUUGCCGAGCUGUUUUCGAAAAUAUUUGCACGAAAUGUACGAUCGCAACAGUGAAAGCGUCCGCAAGCUGAUGCGCUGUCUGACGGAACGGUCGGACGAGGGUUCUACCAAAGCUCGCCGUACACAGCGCGUUCGGCCACAGUAUUCCAACAGCCAGGAGGAUGAUUACUAUCGCAGCGAUCAGCGCGUACGAAGGAUGCCGCAACGUAAAGUGGUUCGGAAGCGAAAGUAUAACGACGAUGGAUCGCAGGAAGGCACGUCGGACGAGCAAUUAAAGUUCGAGCAACUGUUUAUCCGGUCGGACAGCGAUAGCGGUGGGCAGAUUUUUGAACCUUUCAACAAGGAAAGCGAUUCGGAAAGUGGUGCCAGUGAGGAUAGCUCUUCGACCGAUGACAGUCGGCGCGGUGAUACUAAACCACAGUCACAAGAGCCGGAGUCACACGAGUCGGAGGAAAGUUUGUAUACGCGCGACGGUCGAUUGCGUCCAGUCGCUUACAGACGGUUGCCGCAAAAGUAUAACACCGGCAGUCGACAGCAAUCGAAUUCUGACGAAUCGGAACGAGAUAGUAGUGGGGAGGAGAGUGAUGAAUCUUGA